UGACUAAAGGCUCGUUGACAGUUGUCAGUGCCAACUGCCAGCAGCAGAUGGAGGUGAGCCAGCACUCUCGCACCUACUGGUCAGUGGAGUUGUAGGCAGUUUCCCCGUGUCCUGCCCCUUGGAUGCCUGCAGGGAAAGAGAAGCAGGCUCAGAACCCUAAAUCAAAACACAUUAGCAAAAGACAGAGCGCUCCACUAAAUCGGAUAAAAUGGUUGAUCAUCUCCUGGGAACCUGGAAAUCAACUUCAUGUGAAAACUUUGAUGAAUACAUGAAAGAAUUAGGAGUGGGCUUAGCCACCAGGAAACUGGGCAAGCUGGCCAAACCCAGCGUGACCAUCAGUGCGGACGGUGAUGUGGUGACCAUCCAAACCAAAAGUGCCUUUAAAAAUAAUGAGAUCUCUUUUAAGCUUGGUGAGGAGUUUGAUGAAACCACACCAGAUGACCGGAAAACCAAGAGCAUUGUGACCUUAGAAAAUGGGUCAUUAAAUCAGGUCCAGAACUGGGAUGGCAAAGAGACCACAAUAAAGAGACAAGUGGUAGAUGGGAAAAUGGUGGUGGAAUGCACCAUGAAUGACAUCACCUGCACUAGGAUCUAUGAGAAAGCCUGAAGAAACUCUGUUAGUACCCUGCUUGACUAAAAAUUGGAGAACUAGAAACUUAACUGUUGUAGGUAUUUAAUAAAAAGCUUACACAUGCAGUAAAUA